CGCUCCCUCAUCCCACCACACUGGCUUCACGUACAGAGUUUGCCCUUAUCGGCACUCAAAUUGACGGGACGCCCACGAUACGUGCAACUACUACGUACCUUGCGUACCUCACGCCGCGAUGCUCUUCUUUUUGCUCGUGUGUCCGCCUUUCUGCAUGGGGCGGAGCUCGUGCAUCGUCUGCGAUUGGUUAAGCCACGAGUUCGCGGCCACUCUGCGGGGCUGGUCUUCGGUUGUUCCUCUCUGGAGGCUGGACCCUUGCGCGCCGUGAUUACCUUUGACAUGUCCCUCUUCAGACUGGGGCUUCCAACGAGGUCCUGGUGCUCGUUUACACAAACAUUGACCUUUGCUUGUCUUCCAUCUGCGUCCUGUCACCAUCUUGAACCGCGCCGCCGAGGCUGGGGCGCCUACCGAGAAAAGACGAGCAACCAAUUUGUCUGCUGGAGCACUCCGCUGCCUUGGCGAACCAGACGUCAGUUCAGCUCACAGCCCUCCACUACAGCCAGGCUACAAAAGUAUAACUUUUCCCUCUGAUUAGAACCAGCCUUCGUUCGAAACUGUAAGCGAGUGUCAGGCCCGUGGCCGAGGCUCCUGGCGCGCUCGAGUUGGACUCACCAACGAGCCGUCCGCUGGGGCACGUGAGGAUGUCUGGGCUAGAGAGCCAUGUCACCGUUCAGAAGCGGGCAUACUACUCUCCGCCAUGGGCCGAUGUCAGUAUCAUUGGCGUUGCAGGCAGCUCUGGUUCCGGCAAGUCGACGUUGUCUCAGGCGAUCGUCAGGAAGCUUAAUCUUCCCUGGGUUGUGAUUCUGUCCAUGGACUCAUUUUACAAGACUCUGACGCCAGAGCAAUCCAAGUUGGCGUUCGCCAACGAGUACGACUUCGACUCUCCUGCGGCCAUCGAUUUUGACAUCCUAGUUGAACGUCUACGAGACCUCAAGGCAGGGAAACGCGCAGAAAUUCCAGUCUACUCUUUCGCCAAGCAUCAACGCUUGGAACACACCACCUCCAUCUAUUCGCCGCAUGUUCUGAUAUUGGAGGGCAUUUUUGCCUUGUACGAUCCAAGGGUCACGGAACUUCUUGACAUGGGCAUUUAUUGCGAAGCGGAUGCUGAUACAUGUCUGGCGCGAAGAAUUGUCCGGGACGUCCGGGAACGCGGUCGUGACAUUGAGGGCUGUGUCAAGCAGUGGUUCGGCUUCGUCAAGCCAAACUUCGAAAAGUACGUCGAGCCUCAGAGGAAGGUCGCCGAUUUGAUUGUACCACGAGGCAUCGAGAAUCGAGUGGCCCUGGACAUGAUGGUACAAUUCAUCGAGAGAAAACUUUUUGAAAAGUCAACCCAUCAUCGUGAAGAGCUUUCGCGACUCGAAGCAGCAAGCAAGGAGCAGCCGCUCAGCGACAGAGUGGUUGUGCUGGGGGAAACGCCGCAGCUCAAAUUCAUGAAUACCAUCCUCCAGAACAUUGAUACCUCUGCCGAGGACUUCAUCUUCUACUUUGAUCGGCUGGCGGCUCUCAUCGUCGAACAGGCACUCAACAACGUACAAUUCACAGCAACGACAAUCGAAACGCCUCAGGGAUACAAGUAUCAGGGACUGAAGUCGAAGGGGGAAGUCAGUGCCGUAAUCGUUCUCCGAGGUGGCUCGGCAUUUGAGCCGGCCCUCCGGAAGACAAUUCCGGACUGCCGAACGGGGCGACUUCUGAUACAGUCAGACUACUCCACCGGCGAGCCCGAACUCCAUUACUUGCGGUUGCCAGACGACAUUCACAAGCAUGAAAGCGUGCUGCUCCUAGAUACCCAGAUGGCAAGCGGAGGGGCCGCGCUCAUGGCGGUGCAGGUUCUGGUCGAUCACGGAGUGGCCCUGGAGAGGAUCGUUCUGGCCACUUACUCUGCCGGACGCUUGGGGCUACACCGUCUGAUGACUGUGUUCCCAGAAAUCACAGUCGUGGUGUGCAACCUGCUGAGGGAUCAGGAGCAGAGAUGGGUUGAGAAGCGGUAUUUCCGAUGCUGACAUGGCGGGAUCGUGGGUUCCCUGACUUGACCCAGAGAUGCAGCGGGCGAACAUGGCUAGUCUAGCUUACCAGCAUAUGAGGCGUUUGCAUGAAUGCGAAAUGUACGGGGUUGUUGUAGCUCUCGUUGCGACCGGGAACUGGAGAGCGAGCGGGAAGG